AUGUCGGAGCAGGUCUCGGAGCGUGGCACGGGCGCUCUCGCGUUCUCAGCGCCGCGAGAUGAGCGAACCCAGCGCUUCCUCGCCCCCGGACCGUCUUCUGCGCCGUCACACGCGCCUUCGACGACGGGCAUGGAUUUGCAGUCCUUCUCGAAUGUUACUCUGCCGCCCAUGCGGACUUUGCGGCUCGGCGAGCCUCUUCAGCGCGAGGGAGACGUCGUACAGCAGGAGGGGGGCGGUGCUCGACUUGUUCAAGGCAUUGCGAGGCCCUGUCCGCCCCGUGAGGCACCGCACACGCACACGAAGAGCGAGCCUUCUCCUCCUCAUCCAAGUUCCGACUCCGAGCCAGACUUGCCGAUGACGAGAUUGCUGCACUCGACGUCGCUGGAGGGGGUGCAAGCUGCCAUCCAGGAGAUGCGCGACGUGCUGAACGGCUUCUCUUCUCCCGACCGCAUUCGGGUCCUCUCCGGCCACGCCAUUUCCUCCGUCUUCAACGCGAACGAGCCGAACGUCCGCAGCCGACUCUGGACCGACUGGGGCAUCUACUCGUCCCUCUGCAGUUCUCUCGGCGUUCCCGUCUACCCUAUCCAGCCUGACAAAGUCGCCUUUGUCCUCGCGACUCACUCGAACCUGCCCAUCGCAUCAGUUCUGCGAAGUUUGAGCACGGUGCGGGAACAGAUCUCGGCGGGAAUGGUGCGAGGCAUCUUCGAUACGCUCAACGAGGCGGCCAAGGCUUCGCGGCAUCUUUGGCCGGACGUGGCAUGCUUCGUACGAAGUGCGGACAACUACGAGGUCACGAACGAGGUGUUGCUGAACCUGCCGAGCACGAGCUCAAACGUCAGCAAGCCAGCGACAGCCAGUUUCUACAGACGGCCCGAGCCUCCAGUCCGAGUUGCGCCAGUCCCGGCACUGCAAGACUCGUUCACCUCGCGCCCGCUCCUCACCCAAGUUCCGCCUGCUCCGCCUCCUCCCGCUCUCGUCACGCCGCCUCCAGAACAGUUCUUUCAGCCUUCCCGCGCCCAUGAUCGAAAACCUCGACGAACGCUGCGAGCUGUCUGCGACGACCUCUCCGCCUUUCUUGCGGAACUGCAGGCUCAGCCACAUGACCUCGAGACGUUCGACGUCGCCCAGAAGCGCUUCCAGCAAACGGUCAACACGCCCGCCUACGCCGCUCGCGCCGCCCACCUCCACAACACGGCCCUCAUCUACACACACAUCACUGCCGUGCUCGAGUUCCCGACCUACCCUAUCACGACCGCAAAACUCGCCGUCUUCGCACUCGCCAUGACGCCCGGCCCGCUCGGCGAAGUGCUCGACUCGGCUUGCCUGUCUCUCAAGUCCAAGCGGGACUGUCCACGAGCAAGCGGGAAACAGCUCGAGUCGCUGCUCAAGGACGUGACGGUCGUGCGGAUGAUUACGCGAGGCGGUGACGAUCGGAUUCCGGACGAGGAGAAAAGCGAGUGGAAGCGGUGGUGGGAGGAGAUUACGGACGACUGGAAGGGCGCGUCCAAGCCGCGAGACGAAGGACGACCUUCUCAACCCGCCCGAAAGCGCGUCAAGCGCUCCCCUUCGCCUGCCGCAUCGGACGUCUCCGCGGCGUCGACCUCCCGACUCACGUCGAAGAAAGGCCGACAACCUCGCUCGCGUAUCGCCGGCCCCGAUACUUCUCGCGCCUCGUCACCCGCAUUCUCUCGACGAGGUACGCCGAGCGCCAGCGCCCGCGGCGGAAGGCGAGGCGGCUACGGCGGCGCCGGCUCGACUCGCUCGCAGCCCGUCUCGCCCGAGCCUGUCUACCCUCGAUGGAUCCCGCGACAGAAGGGUGUCCUCCCUGCCGAUCGGCGAGAACCUGAGCUGCCGCCGAUCCUCGACUCGCCGUGGUACGUGCCGAAGAAGAAGAAAAUCAAGGCGGAAGACGACGGCACGGGCUCGGUCGACGGCAAGAGCGUCGAGGGUGAGGACUCGGCGAGUGAUGAAGAGGACGAGAAGAAGCCGCAGGGACGGUCUGUCGCGCUUAACAGGCCUAGGAGGGGCGGGACGGACAUGCAGGUCUUCGACAUCAGCCUCCUCUGGACUUGA